AUGAAGGUACCCCAACAAGGCACCGCUGGUAGCUGCUUGCCGUAUGGUACGGAUACGGAUGCGGAUCUGAUCGACGAGACGGCGCCACUUCAACCGCACCCGAAAACAACUACAUGUAGUAUUCAGGAGAGGUCAAGACAAAGUGAGAUUAUUCGAGUCUGCUGGGGUGGUGGCACUGUAGCAUGGUUGGCAUUGGCAGCACUAGCCUACUUGAUUGCAUUAUCUCAUCUACUACUCUAUCGGCUUCAAGAAUUCGACAAACCUGCAGGUAGAAGCCAUCAAGUUGGCUCAUUCUGGGCUCGAGGCGACUUGAACCAUGAACGUGCCACAAAGAGUGUGCAACCAAACUUGCUUUCCAAGGUGGAGCUCUCAUCAUCAACUUCAAACGACCAAAAGUCGUACACCAACAACCCAGUUGGCAUUCUCAUUGUUUAUGGCCCAGAGGAAGAUCCCUGGCAAAAGAUCAUGGCACAGGCCAUUUACGAGGGCUGCCAAUCGGCUGCAUCUUCUGACUUUGCAUUGCCCACCAACAUUCAGCUCAAGACAGUGGCAAGUGCUACAUGUACCUUUCAAGACGUCCUGGCUGCGGAUGCAGUAAUUUUGGGAUCCUCUGUCGAAAAUGCCAAUGUACAUCCAGCCGUGCAACAGUGGAUCGAUCGACAAUGGGACAUUACUCGUGUCGAUGGCAGCAACGCGAAGCUUGGCGCCGCCUUUGUCACCGCCGGAGGUAUCACUGCCGGCCAAGAAUCGACCCUGAACAAUCUGCUCAAGACCAUGAUGGUUUUUCGAAUGAUCCUUGUAGGAGGGGAGACAUGGGAAUCCUCGUUUGGUGUCGCAGCCAUUACUGCGCAGGCGCCAUUCAUGCCAUAUCCAGAAAACGACGACAGCGAUGAUGUGGCGUUGUUUCCUCCAUCUUGCUACUUGCCACCGGGGCAACUAGUUUCUCCCAUGUUCUUGGAUCAAGCCCGAAGGUUAGGCUCUCGUGUCGCCAACGUUGCACAGAAGCUGAACCGAUAA